UAUACGUCGGUGUUAAUAGUGUACGCGCGAGAGAGUCGGUGCGCCUCUCGGCCGUGGGCACAAAUCGCGAGUAAAAUGGAAGCGGAAUUUCGCUGCGAGGUUGAGGUCGGCCGUUGAGAACAGUGAACAUGGGAAGGUCCAAGUUUCCCGGUAAGCCGCCGAAGACGGCCACCAGGAAACGGAUCAAGGUGCUCGGCCAGCCCGAGGUAGCGCAGAACGAUCCGGUAACCGUCGCCGAGAACAUCUACUACGGACUUUCCCUGUUCAACGAAACAUUCGGUGACAACGAGAAGGAACAUCCACCGUUCCAUGGAUUUAGCACUAAGGAAGCGAAUCUUUCUGCGUCCUAUAUAAGAACACAGCAACACAAUGCGGAGGAGAGCGGCAACAAAUCACCCUCGGUCACAGUCGAGAAUCCUGCACCACAGUCGACGAAGAAGGACACCACUGACAACGCUAGAAAUUCACCAUCAGACCCUGAGAACGGCACGGAGAAGCUUAAAGAUGGAAAUUCCAAACCGGUGGAAGACACCGGGGAUCCAGCCGCAGCCAUAGACGACGAGGCGUCUCCGAAAAAUCAGAAGACCAAGAGCCGUAGGAACUGCAAGAAUAUCAAAUUCUCCAAUUACAUGAAAAGCCCGGUGCUAAAGUCGGUGAACAACAUCUUGGAUCAGCAUCAACGUACCAGGCAGUUGCGCAACAGUACUGCGAAGCGGCUGCUGCAAAGGGCGAAGUCAGGCGGGAGUAACACGCGUAACCUGGUGGUACAGACCGGCGAGAAGGCUAGUACGGUGAGGAAAUUUGUUUUACCGGUUCGCAGCGUCCAUUCGUCGCGGGUCAUAAAGCCGAACAAGAGAUUCAUCGAGGAAUUGGAGGAGGUGUCCGGCACGGAGCACAGCGAAAACGAGAUCAGUGUGCACGUGAAGAAGGCGAAGUUAAAUUCGGAGAAGCACUGCAACCAGGAAUCAAAAUUGAAGGGGGACGAGGGCGGCAGGUGUACAAAAAUGAGAGACAAGGAGACGCGGAGCAAGCCGAAGAAAGUGUUACAAAGUGUUGUGGAUUCUGGCGUUGAGGUUGCGACUCAGCCGACGACGAGAGGCACGGAUAAAUCGACGGGUUCUGUACAAAACGCACAAAUAUCAAAAGUCGCUCAUAGAGAAGUGAAGAAAUCUCAUACCGUAUCGUGUAAGAAUAAAGUAUCAAACGAGAACGCAUCCGACAACAAUUCCGGCGGCAACGAGUGCCCGCCGAAUCCGAGCAGAGCGGCGCAAAAUGCGAAAUCAACAGUGCCCAGAAAUCAGAAGCAGAUUUCUAUUCCUACUAAAGUUCUUCCCGAAUCCAAUGUUCCAAACUUCGAGUCUUCCAGGGUUCAGACGAGAUCAGGAACCCAAAGUGAGGUGGCGGCCGAUGCGAGCAAUCAAGCGAGCUCCGAGAGUGGUGCAGGAUUGACGGAAGGUGCCGGCUGUGCGAGAACCGACGUUCAGCCUGAUAACGACAAGACUGCGGUUAGUACAUUGGAGAGUUUCGAGGCGCGGGAGAGCAAUCUGUCCGAAAGCGAGAGCGAGCACAGCAAUCACACGGAAGAUGAGCAGUCUGAAUUCAGCGGGAUGAAACUGAACGGCGGGAAGGUUAUUCUGAGGAAAGCGAGAUUAAAGUUGGAUAACAAGUGCUUAACCGGAACGGAAGGACCAUUUUCAACGACGAGCACUAGCAAUACCAUGGGAGGAAAUACUAAUUUAGGAUUAACGGGAACUAUAAAAUGCGGCGUUUGCGGCGCGGUGCGAUUUUAUCGGUUCGUGAAACAGGCGCGCAAAUUCGGCAUUCACAGUUGCGAGUCCUGUCGGAAGUUCAUAAGCAAGAUGAUCAAGCGUCAGGCUUGCGCAAAAUCCUCGAACAAGGUCCUUCCCGUUCUCCAGUGUCACAAGGGCGACGGUCUGUGCUUGGUGCCGCCUGUAGUGAGGAGUCAGCAGUGGAACCUCAUGCGAUGCGUUUACAAGGCCAGGUGUCCGGCCUGCUGGUUGAAGAUGUGCUUGAAAUGUUACAACAUUCCAUCCGCCCUGAGAACAGGCUUGAACGCGUUGUUACCGCCGAUAAUGAGAGAUCCCUUGAGUAUAUCCCUGCCGCUCGGCCAGGACGAGGACGGUCAGGGCCAGAAGUUGGGCUCCAAGCUGAGCUGGCCCGCGGAAGACAGCUCCGAGAGGAAUCUCUUCAAGUCCGCCACGAGUUGGAGGAACUUCGAGAUGGGACAGAAGACGAGUUAUCAGGGUACCGGAGGCUUUCUCUACACAAAGAUAGAUAAGUUCGACACCUCGCUGAGCAUAUCGCCGAACAAGAAGCGGAGGAAAAACAAUAGGAUUAAAGUGAGGAAGAAAAUUAAAAAUCCCGUGCUCGCCUCGUCGGGAACCGGGAACCAGUGUCCGCCGCCUCUUCGGCAGAGGCUCGAGCUGAAGGGGCCGAGGGUCAAGCACGUUUGCCGAAGCGCCAGUGUCGCUCUCGGCCAACCUAUCGCGACUUUCCCCGCCGCGGAUACGAAGGAAGACAACGAACAUGGCAAGAACAUUCCAAAGACGGCGAAGGAAACCGAAAAACCGGAGAAGAGGGACGAGGUCGCGAAGGAGAAGGAAGCGCCGAAGAAUGUCGAAGAUAGUAGUCUAAAUCUCAACGUUAACACGAUUCAGCAGUCUCAUCCCAGGAGAAGCAAGCCGCAACAGAGUGUAUCAACGUCGCACUUUCCAGUGAUAUCCAAGGCAGUUACGGACACCCUGUACACAGUCUCCAUAGACUUCUGGGAGCAAUACGAUCCCUCGGAGGUCGGAGCGAAGGGUUUCGCUCUUAUCGGUUCUGAGCUGUUUCACAUACCUGCCAUUUGUUAUCUGUGCGGAAGCGCCGGCAAAGAGCCGUUGAUCCACUGUCAGUGCUGUUGCGAGCCAUACCACGCCUUCUGUUUGGAACCCAGUGAAUGGAACGCUUGCGCCCAGCCAAACUGGUGUUGUCCCCGGUGUACGAUAUGUCAAUCCUGCCAUCUAAGAUCCGGCCCGAAAUUGUCCUGCAUUCGUUGUCGUCAGUCGUUUCACCAUUCGUGUUUGUCAAAGUCCGGCGUCAGUUCGCGACUUUACAGUCCCGAUCGGCCGUAUGUCUGUCAGAGCUGCAUUAAGUGUAAGAGCUGCGGUAGCGAAGGCGUCAACGUCCACGUGGGCAAUUUACCCCUGUGCUCCAUGUGCUUUAAGUUAAGGCAGCAAGGGAACUAUUGUCCUUUGUGUCAGAGGUGUUACAACGAAAACGAUUUCGACACGAAGAUGAUGGAGUGCAGCGAGUGCUCCUGCUGGGUGCACGCCCGUUGCGAGGGCCUCUCGGACGAGCGCUACCAGGUGCUGAGCUACCUGCCGGACUCGAUCGAGUUCACGUGCAGCCAGUGCUCCUCCAACUCGAAUUCUUCCAUAUGGAGGAACGCGAUCGAGGCGGAGCUGAAGGCGGGCUUCAUCAGCGUGAUCAAGGCCCUGAGUAAGAACCGCAGGGUGUGCACGGCUCUCAAGUGGAGCCCCCGGAAGGAGUGUCUCUGCAGACCGCUCUUGAGCGUGAGGAAGCUCGAGUUUCCCGAGGACAAGGCCGGCGAGACGAGGGAGAACGAAGAUCCGGAAGAGUCGAACGGCGAGAGCAAGUCCGCGGAGAACGGCGGCGAGGCGGCCGCCGGCUGCAAGGACGCCGCGAGCAAAACCGAGCCGGAGGAACAGUCGACGGAGGGGCCCGCUCGGAAGGGUCUGCGCCGGCUGCGGCAGAAGUUCCAUCUGCGGGAGUGCUCGGUCAGGGUGAAGAACUGCAUACCGAAGGACGCGCAGGACGCGGCUCAGGAGAGGAGGGAGAACUGGACGAGCCAGGAGUCGGCGACGGGCGACGCCACCGAGUGUCACUGUUCCGAGCAGCAGAUCAUCGCGAGGCCGUCGCCCACGCUGAUGUCCGUGAAACGCCGGGUGAACGGCAACGAGUACAAGUCGCUCUCGCAAUUCCACUGUGACAUGGAGCACGUGAUCAGCCGGAGCGGCGCGAAGGGUCUGACCGAGACCUACCACGACAUCCUGCAGGAGGUCUUCCCCUGGUUCAGCCCGAAGAGCUUCAAGAGCAGCGACGAGGAGGAGUGCGAGGCGUCACCGUCCGUGAGGAACACGAGCAAGGACGCGGCGCUGACGACCAAGUUCGACGACCCCAUCCUGGAGGCGUGGAAGGAGGAGCUGAUGAAGGCGCCGAAGGCGAUCGCGGCGAAAACGGCGAAUCUCUACAGCAUCCACGCGGAGGACAGCAGGUCGUGCUGCCUGUGCAAGGGUUUGGGCGACGGCCAGGAGACGAAGGAGGGCAGGCUGCUGUACUGCGGGCAGAACGAGUGGGUGCACGCGAACUGCGCGCUCUGGUCGAACGAGGUGUUCGAGGAGAUCGACGGCUCGCUGCAGAACGUCCACAGCGCGAUCUCGCGCGGCCGUCUGAUCCGGUGCACCGAGUGCGGGAAGAAGGGCGCGAGCGUCGGCUGCUGCGCGAAGAACUGCAGCAACACCUUCCACUACCCGUGCGCGAGGAACGUCGGACUCGACUUCAACGACGACAAGACCGUGUUCUGCGCCGCCCACGCGAAUCACUGCGGCCACAAGCCGCUGCAGAGCGAGAACGAGUUCAGCCUGAAGCGAUCGGUCUACGUCGAGCUCGACCGCAAGAAGAAGAAGCAGGCCGAGCCGAACAAGGUGAAGGUGAUGAUAGGCUCCCUGACGAUUGACUGCCUGGGCACCGUCGUGCCCGAGUUCUCCGACACGGCGGAGAGGAUCGUACCGUGCGACUACAAGUGCUCCAGGCUCUACUGGUCGACGGUGAAUCCCUACAAGAUCGUGCGGUAUUGCAUAAGGACGUACGUGCAGGUGCACAUGCCGGACGUCCCGUCCGACAUGGAGAAUAACGUCACCAUCGAUCACACGAAGGAGCUGGAGAAGGUGGAGGCGCCGGCGGACGCGCAGAAGGCCUUCGAGUACCUGGCGGUGAAGCAGACCCUGGACACGCUGAUCGACAUCGUGUGCAACAAGGAGGUGGACGAGAACCUGGCGGAGCAGAACAACACGGACAUCCUGCCGCCGGAGCUGAAGGAGGCGAUAUUCGAGGACCUGCCGCACGAUCUGCUCGACGGGAUCUCCAUGCAGGACAUCUUCCCCAAGAUGUCGUACGAGGAUUUCCUGGCGAUGGACCUGAAGAACGACGGCACCUUCACCGCGGACCUCUUCAAGGACGACAUGCUGCCGACGGAGGUCGAGGAGACGGCGAUCAAGCCUCCGGACAGCAAGAUCUCCAAGGUGGACUCGUCGUCCCUGCUGGAGCUCGGCGCGCACAACGACCUCUGGGUGCGGCUGGAGGCGAAGAGCGCGGUGCACGAUCUCAUGGACGACCUGUUCAACUCGAAGAGCCAGAAACGCGGCGGCCGUGAGCUGAAGCGCUCCAAGUCCGAGGUGAUGUCGAACAAUCCGCUGAUCGUCGGCGGCCACCAGCGGCACCAUCAGCGCUCCUGCAGCCUCACCUGGAGCUGCAAGCUGGACAACAGCUACGGCGCCGGCAUCAAGAGGCGGAAGCUGCCGCGGAACCCGUCGGGCACGGUCAAGCCGAACGAGGCCGGCCUGAUCGUCCUGGACGCGCAGAACGACCGGGCGUCCAUGUUCCACGAGCUGAGGAUCCCGGAGAGCAUAAUGGUAACGGUCGGCCGGGGCAACACCUCCAACAUCCUCACCGACUCGAUGCGCGAGUUCAAGUACUGCAUCGAGGACAAUCGGCGCAUCUUGCCGGCGCGGGACGACGCGAAGGAGCACAAGCGGCUGUUCUGGCAUCCGAGGCAGCAGCAGCCGCCGCGGAUCCUGCAGGUGGACGGCCCGGCGGACGCCAGCGAGUGCAGCUCGCCGGAGUACAACGCCGAGGAGAAGAGCGGCCGCGAGUCGAUCAUCCCGCAGUUGGACGGCAUCGACGACGAGCACUCGUCCUCCGACACGAACGAGCCGGCGACCUUCCUGCAGCCGAAGCGCAUCUUCAGCUUCGUCAAGUCGCCGAGGGCGAAGAGCGGCAGCCUGGUGGGCGCCGCCGCGAGGUGCUGCUGCAAGACGGCCGCCGGGCCGCCGCCCCCCUUCAAGGAGAAGAGCGUCUUCAAGCAGAUCCCGCAGCUGGACGGCGCGGACGACAUCUCGAGCGACGACGAGUGCCAGCACGCGGCGGCGACGUUCGAGCAGCAGCAGCGCCACAUCGACCGGCCGGUCACCUGCAAGAGGUGCUGCUGCACGUACCGCACGCAGGACAGUUACAACCGGCACCUGGCGAGCUGCGACAUCAUGAUCACCAGCGACAGCGACUCCGAGACGAUGGACAACAAGCUCGCCUCCUCGCCGGACUCGAGGUUCUCGCCCAGCAACGGCUCGGUCUCGCCGCAGUUCAUCACCCUCUCGCCGUCCGAGGGCCACACCCUGUCGACCGACUACACGGACAUCCAGGCGACCUCGCCGAUCGAGGCGUCCGUGCCGUCCCCCCAUCCGAGCAUCCAGAUCGAGCCGAUCGCCCAGGCGAUCAUCACCCCGCAGAUCCACGCCCACGCGACCCACGUCGAGACCGUUCACCAGACGGUGUUAGCGUCGAACGAGGUGAUCGUGCAGACGCAGUACACGCGCAGGACCACCACUCUGCCGAACCCGGUGUUACCGCAGGAGAGCACGGUGCGGAUCACGGAGAUCACGGACGGCGACACCCCGCGCGCCAACGCGGUCGUGAACACGCCGAUGAGUUCGCCGGACAGCACCGUCCCGACGCCGGAGAUGUCGCCCACCACCUUCUCGUCGACCGGCGUGCAGACCGCCCACGACUCCUCCUUCGCGUCGCCCUCCCAGGUCAACCGCGGCUCCAAGUCGUCGAAGGCCGGUGGCGGGCCGCGGCUGGCGAAGCCUCGCGCGAAAACCGUCAAGUCGCAGCUCGCGAAGAACGUCGGCCCGCCGUCGCACGCGAGGUACCACCAGCCGGUGCAGAGCGGCGGCGCCCCCGUGAUCCAGCUGGCGCAGCAGACGCAGCAGAGGCCGACCGUGAUCCUCCAGCAGGUCGCCUCGCCCGGCAUCGUGUCGGCGUACGUGGAGACGCUUCAGCAGCAGUCCGGGCAGAACCUGCAGUACAUCACGACGAUCGGCGGGCAGCACGAGUCCGGCUUCAAGCCGCAGUUCAUCGCGACGAACCACCUGGUGCCGGGCGCUUACAUACAGACCCCGUCGGACAAUCUGCUGGCCCUGCAGAACGGCGGCGGCAUCUCGAUACUGCCGAGCGUGCAGAUCGCCCAGACUCAGCCCACCGCCGUGCUCGGCACCAUCAUUCAACAGCAGCCGGGCGCGAUCCAGUGCGGCGUGAUAUCGUCCGAACAGCUGCUCCUCAGCUCGGCGCCGACCCUGGAGAUGUUCGCCGAUCCGACCGGCGGUAUGUUCGUCUCGAACCAGCCGAUGUACUACGGCCUGGAGACGAUCGUCAGCAACACCGUCAUGUCCUCCAGCCAGUUCAUGGCGGGCGCGGUGCCGCAGGUGUUGGCGAGCAGCUAUCAGACGACGACCCAGGUGUUCCAGGCGUCCAAGCUGAUGGAGCCGAUCGUCGACGUCCAGGCCAUGCCGACGGUCACCGCGGUCCAGCCCAGCGUGCAGAACGUGCCGACGGUGCCCGGCGGCUACGUGGUGGUGAAUCAACCGUCGGUGGCGGUGGCGGCGCCGACGCCGUUGCCGCCGAUGGAACCGGCGGCCGGUCCGCGGCAGAUCAACGUGCCGGCGGAGCCCUUCGGUUCCAUCGCGUGCAACGUCGUGCCGCCGUCGGCCGCCGCCUGUCAGAGCGUCGUCGCGAAGCCGGUGAUCCAAGUGCCGGACGUCUGCUCGUCCGACGUGCGGCUGCCGCCGCCUCACGCGAUGCCGGCCGCGAUACCCCGGGUGGCGGUGCGCCCGAGCCCGGUCGCCCAGGUGAACCACGGCCCGUGGAAGAUCACCGAGCCGUUGUUCGGCGGCGCGGAACAGCCGAUCAGCAACAGCGUGCGGCCGUACUUCGACUCGAAGCACGUGUCGGAGAACACCAGCAUGAUCAAGUCCAGCAUCUCCUCGUCGAAGAUACCGCCCCUGCCGAAUCACUGCAUCGCCCAGAGGGCGAUGGUGGUCAGCAGCAAACCGCAUCACGAGGUGAACAGCGCGCCGGCGAGCUCGAACUGCGCGAGCGCGAACGUCGGCAACCACGUCGGCCAUCCGCCGGUGGUCGGCAGUUCCAACGCGCCGAACAAGAUCUCGAUGCCGACGAGCAUGCCCACCAGCCGGCCGAUGAACAGGGUGCUACCCAUGCAAGCGGUCACCCCGAAGCAAGACCCGUCGAAGGCCGCGUCGAAGGACGACAUCGGGAUGAUCGAGGAGCCGACGAAGCCGGUGAUCAAGCCGGCCGAGCCGGAGAUCGCCGAGCCGAAGAAGGAGAUGAUCGUCGAGGAGAUCGCGCCGAUGAAGAAACCGGCCGAGGGCGCCGCGCUCACCACCGACGGCAGCGACGUCCGGCUCAACACGGCUGAGACGAUCGAGAAGGUGAAGGAGAAUCUCAAGCUGGAGAACACGUCGUUGAAGAUAGUGCUGCAGAAGCAGCUGCAGGACGGCUCGUACAAGAUCACGCGCAACAUGAAGGCGGUCGCGCAGAGCAAGAAGACGCCGCAGGUCACGUCCAUGGAGAUACUGCCGGCGAAGCAGCUGCCGCAGAUCGCGUCGCUGCAACUGCUGCCGAUCAAGACGUUCACCCUCAAGACGAACAAGAUCGAGGCGGACAAGCCGAAGGCGAAGGCGCCGCCGGUAGCCGUGAAGAAACCACGGAUCCUGGCGAAGUCGAUUAGACCGGUGCGAAGCAACCCGCAGAACUGCUCGAGGGGGCCGACGCUGAUGUACGAGAUCAAGUCUCAGGACGGCUUCACUCACACCGCGUCGUCGAUGGCCGAAGUCUGGGAGACGGUGUUCCAGGCGGUGCAGAACGCCCGCAAAGCGCACAACCUGCCGCCGCUGCCGCACAAUCCGCUGCUGGAGGGCCUCGGCCUCGAGAACAACGCGACCGUCUAUCUGGUCGAGCAGCUGCCGAGCGUGAACCGGUGCACCAAGUACAAACCCAGGUUCCACACGCCGGCGCCGCCGAGACCCGGCGACGUGGAGAACGAGCUGCCGGCGGCCUCCGACAACGGGGCGGCGCGGGCGGAGCCCUUCAAGAGCAGGAAGGUGCACGACAUGUUCAGCUGGCUGGCGUCGCGGCACAGGCAGCAGCCCAAGAUGAUCGCCAUAUCCGAGGCGGAGUCCAGGCGAGUUGCGAGCACCAAUUUGCCCAUGGCGAUGCGCUUUAGAAUACUUAAGGAAACGUCGAAGGAGUCUGUCGGUGUGUACCACUCUCACAUACACGGUCGAGGUCUGUUUUGCCUGCGUGACAUCGAGGCUGGUGAGAUGGUCAUUGAAUAUGCUGGUGAGGUUAUUCGAUCCUCUCUGACCGACAAGAGAGAAAAGUACUACGACAGCAAGAACAUUGGCUGUUACAUGUUUAAGAUCGACGAUCAUCUUGUUGUGGACGCCACUAUGAAAGGGAAUGCAGCGAGAUUUAUCAAUCACUCGUGCGAGCCAAACUGUUACUCGCGAGUGGUGGACAUUCUCGGUAAGAAACACAUAUUGAUUUUCGCCCUCCGCCGUAUCAUUCAGGGGGAGGAAUUAACGUACGAUUACAAAUUCCCGUUCGAGGACAUCAAGAUCCCGUGUACCUGCGGCUCCCGCAGAUGUCGCAAAUACCUCAAUUGAGACUGCGUAUAUACAGCUUAUCCUAAGCAGCCGAUCGACGACACAGAGAUAAAAUAUGUGCUAUAAUUGCGCGCGCGCUUUUCGAAAUAGGAUUCGUUUUAUUGAACGUUAUUCAUUUACUCAUCAUCAAACUAUUUUCAGAGAUUGCAGCUUUUUAUUACUAUGAGAAAGAGCAUAGAUUAUACAAUUUUAAAUAUUAGAAGGCCAGAGUGUAUAGUACGGCGAAGCACGGCGAUUGCGCGACGAUGUUACUUUAGAAACAACUACGCUCGUGUAGUUGAUUUAAUAGGUAAAGAGGAAAGACGAGAGAGAGAAAGAGAAAGAGAGAGAGAAAGAGAGAAAAGAAGAAGAAGAAGAAGAAGGUGAGAAAGAGAGGAAGUGGAAAUGGUGGAAGAAUAAUAGGGAGGAGAGGGGGAAGGUAUAUGCACACGUAUACCUUAUAGCAAUAAACGAUUCGAGCAUGUCCCGCUUUCGUAUCCCGGCGAGUCGUGCGUGUACUAACGCGCUUUGAGACUUUUGAAAGUGUUAUUUUAUUCACGCCUGUGCUUUCUCGCACGACUUUUAGACUCUACCUAUUAUCUACUAUUGAGGCUUAAGUGUACAAGUUAUCUUACACUUUACACUAAAUGCAUCGACGGCUCAUCGGUUCGUUUGAUUUUCAUGUGUAUCCUAGCGUGACGUCGUCAAUGGUUCGUCGAGGGUUCGAUCGAAUUUGAGAAAUUCUUCCCCCUAUAGGCGUUAAAACGUUGAAAAAGGAAAAAAAAUGUGAAGCCCGAUGACUCUGGUGCGACCGAGGCGCGAAAAAGCAACGGGUUUUCGACGAUCGUGGCUCGCGAGAGGCCGAUUUCGCGCGUCUCUCUCGAGCGUCACGGGAUGACAAAAAUGACGCAAAGCGCAUUGUACAAAUGUCGAGCGGGUGAAUCUAAUGCGCUAAUACAAUUGUAUAUUUAAAUGAUUCGUGUAAAUUUUUAAAUUUAGUGUACAGUGUAUGACUAACUUCGUGACAUUUCACGUCUGCUGUGUAGGGCCAGAUUUCAAAUGUUUUUGUAAAAUAUGUAAUUGUUAGACUAGAUAUAUCGUCAUUGAUGUAAGUACAGCAACUCGUUUUAACUUAAGUUAGGAAUAUAGGCAUUAAGGAAAGACAGAAAGAGAGGAAAAGAGAUAAAGAGAGAAAGAGAAAGAGAGAGAGAGAGAGAGAGAGAGAGAGAGAGGCAAGAGAGAGAGAGAGAGAGAACAGUCUCCUCUAUACAGGACAUUGUUCGAAGGUGUACCUACUUUGGCAGACAUUGAUACGGUAUUUUGUCUUAUUAAUUGCACAGUAUCCGCGACGUAAGAUGAUUGUCUUUCUUCCGGAGGGAAAAAGUUUUCGAACAAUCGUUCAAAGGUGAACAGCGCCAGUUUGAUAUUUUCUUCGUAUUUUUUUCUGUAUAUUUUUAGAUAUCGCACUUAUAUAUAAUA